CCCAUAGAAAAGCAUUAAUUUUGAUUGGAAAUUAAACGCAUUUUACGUUACAUGUCUUCGAAGGUCAGAGUUUGAUCUAUAUAAAGUAGGGCUUCUGUGUGUGUAAUAAUCAUAGUUUGUUUGAUCUCUUGAGUUAUUGGAUUAAUCAAAUAUGAAAUUCUUGGUUGUAGCCACUUUGGCUUUAGUAGCCUCAGUCCAUGCUGGUGGAAUCAUCCUUAAGGGACCCUCAGGGGUUAUUACCCCACAUGGACCCAUUGGACCCGACGGUAGAGGAGCUGGAGCUGUAGGAGGAUGGGGUGGUGCUGGAUGGGGUGGUUGGGAUGGUGAUGAUGGUCAAUGGAGAGGAGACGGUGGCUGGAACAAUGGAUGGGGAGAUGAUGAUGGCCAAUGGCGUGGAGAUGGUGGUUGGAAUGACGGUGGAUGGGGUGGUGCCUGGAACGGCGGAUGGGGUGGUCAUGGUAACAACGGUCAAUGGCGUGGAGAAGGAUGGAAGGCCGGUCAAUGGCACGGUGAAGGAUUAUGGAAAGGACGUGGUCGCUGGUGAGCCUAACGCCCCAUUCAAACCAUAUACAAACUAUAAUUUUUUUUUCUUAAGUAAAUUUUAUAUUAAAGAAUAUUCACCCAAUGUAUUCAUUUUUGUAAAUAUUUUAUUAUGUUUAUAUUAUAUUUUCAAUAAAAAAUAAAUAAAACGUG